AUGGUCGCAUUCUGCGUCGACUCGCUCUCCUUGCCGUGCAAGGCUCGGGACGGCGACGGAGACACGCCCCUGCUUGUGGCGGUCUACGAGGGGCACGCGAGCGUCGUCGAGUGGCUGCUGGACCACGGCAGCACCGCCGACGAGAGCAACAACGACGGGGUGUCCGUGGUGCUCGCUGCCGAGGCAUGCGGCCAUGCUGACGUCCGCAGGCUGCUGGACAGGAGGCUUGCCGGAGGCCUGGAGAAGCUCUGGCUGGACGAAGUGGCCCGGCGCCCGCAGCUCAUCCUCAAUUUCCUGGAGCGCGGCGCGCCCGCCGCGGGAGAGCCGGGCGCUCCCUGCGCGAGCGCAGGCAGCGGCGACGUCGACAUGGCACGGUGA